GCUGGUGCAGGAAAGCAGCACAUUACACCAUGCAAUGAAUCUUUUUUUCUAGAGAUUGCAGGAUUAUAACGCGUUAGUAUUAUUAUUAUUAUUAUUAUUAUUAUUAUUGUUAUUUUCCUUCUGCAUUUUUUUUUUGCAAUGUCGAUGUUGGGAACGAGUUAUUAUGUUGACUCGCGUGUUCUUCCCGAGCAGGAAGAUAUGGCACCGAGGUACUCAUCAGCUGCAGGGGUGGAGCAGGCGAUGCUCACCGAAUAUGGCGGACAGGAGUCUUGUCCUUUGCAGGCGAAAUCUUCUAUUUUUGGCGGAUCUUGGAGUCCCGUGUCGGCCCACCAUCCAAACACAGCCACUCCGACCUAUAUACAUCACCAUUACACAAGCGGGGACAGCGAUGGCAUGUUUACGCGCUCCUGGGCGUUGGACCCGGUCUCUGCGUCCCUGUGUUUGACGGGAUUACCAUCGACAGCCAUGCAUUAUGAUAUAAAACCCGAGCCUCUGAUUGGGAAUGCUGAAUGCACAACUUUGGAGACGCACACACCUCUUUUGUCUGACAUUGAAAACGGAACGUCCCUUGCGGAGAUUCCCUGCGAAACCACAUCCACGUCUAAACGCACUGUCGACAGACCGUCAGCGGAGGAAACGAAGGAGACAGAUGCAAAUAACCCAUCAUCCAACUGGCUUCACGCGAAGCCCACCAGAAAAAAGCGUUGUCCAUACACAAAGCACCAAAUCCUCGAACUGGAAAAGGAGUUUCUGUUUAACAUGUACCUCCCUCGGGAUCGUAGAUACGAAGUAGCGAGACUCCUGAAUUUGACCGAGAGGCAGGUGAAAAUCUGGUUUCAGAACCGCAGGAUGAAGAUGAAGAAAGAAAACAAAGACCGGCGGAGAGACAGUUAACUGGUUUUUGAACUGAUG